GGGAAUUUUCUGUUUCAUUAAACCAUGGUCAGAAAUAAUGGGAUAGCCAUCUGCACAGGGAGAGAGAUGAGAGAGAGGGGGGACGGUUGGCUUGGACAGGGUUACCCUGGUCACAAUCAUAUUACUGAGAUGCUAUAAAAGUGUGCGUUGAUAUACAAGGAUGAUGCAAAUGUCUUGCGCAUCAUUGAAAUUAUUUUGUUGAUCCAUUAUUUUAAUAGCGUGCUGCAUCUUACUUCAAGAAUCUGUUAAUUUACUCGUCCGUUGGUCUUUUACGGCGGUGGCAUCAUUGUGUGUUUGUCUUUGGCAUAUUAUUGUGUGUCUGCUUGGUUUGACAGAAGUGUGACUGCCUGGCCACACGUCUCCUGUUUAUGGCCCAGGACCAUGCAGAUAGGCGCGCACACACACAUACACACACGCACGUUACGAUUCACAAUAAUAAAUUAAUCUCACACAUGGCGGCAAGCAUAAUUUAUCACUCAACUCAUACCAGGGCGCCCCCUUUUUCUUCUGACAAUGCUCUGAUGACUUUGCAUUUAUUUCCGUCAAGGAAAUUACAGCACUGUUUCAUCCAAUGAAGGGCUGUAAAUCCUAUGAGCCGUAAAAUAAAGACCGCAACGGUGAUUCUGUAAGAGAAAAAAUCUGAAUCAGUUCUGUAUAAAAGGACGUCUCUAUAAUUAUCUCUCAGCUGGUGCCUCCUGGCUAAUAUUAGCUCAUGUUAGCUCACGCUAGCUAGCGCGGAGGUGAGACUCAGGUCUAUCGUUGUGGGACAGAACGUGCCCACGCAGCAUCCUCUCUACGGGUCCGGGGUCUGGAGUGUUACCGUGACAGCCAUAGACACACAAGCACUUAUGUACACGUAUAACGCUAUCUCGCUGGCUGACACCAUUUUGCUCUCUAACAAUCUUGCUAAUUAUAAUAGUUAAUUAAUUCUCUGCCAGCGUCUUCAUCAGGAGACUAAUAACCUACAUUUUCAUUAAUUAGACCUUCCACCUCUCUGCUCCCUUCCCUCGUUCUCUCUGUCACACUCCUUCCACUUUCUGUCCUCCUCUGUGUGCACAUCUCUCCACUCCUCCUUUCCUUCUCUCUUUUUUUCCACCAUGAUGUCCAGCCUACACUCCUUUCCUCCUACACUCCCUUACUCUCCUUGAAAGGUCAAGCUGUGUGUGUGUGUGUGUGUGUGUGUGUGUGUGUGUGUGUGUGUGUGUGCGUGCGUGCGUGCGUGCGUGCGUGCGUGCGUGCGUGCGUGCGUGCGUGCGUGCGUGCGUGCGUGCGUGCGUGCGUGUGUGUGUAAUUGUGUGUAAUUGUGUUUGUGUUUGAUUGAUUAGUGCCUAAAGCCAUCCAGUGUGGUGGAUUUGACUGUGUGUCAUUGAUAUGCCUCUCUAUCUCUCUCUGUUCGUCUGUCUGUCUGUCUCUCCAUCUUUCUCUCUCCCCCCAUGCAAAAGGAUUUCAGUUCAGCUCCUCCCUCUUGAGAACUACACUUCCCACCCCGACCUGGUUUCAGUGCAGAGUGGCGUUGCCAUGCUAACCAGAGUUGGUCUCACAAGAAAUUCAUCAUUUAGUAAUCAUAGCCCCAAACGCCCUCAUCCAAAAGUUUACCUCAGUCAGUUUUCUUGCAUGACAAUGUCAAUCAGUCCCAUCAUCGAUCAUCUGCUCAGCCCCUGCAGCUACCUCAACACCUGUUGGCCACUUGAAUCCCUUCCAUGUUGUUGACUUAUGCUUAAUGAUCUGCAAAACGUACUGGAUCCUCCACAGUAAAAGGCGUUCUAUCCCUUAAUUCUCUCCCCGAGCGGUCUGCGCUCGCUGCUUCAGUAAGUCUGGCACCAGACAAUGUGAGAGACGCUUUCCGUCUGCCUGACCAUACUGUAGUGAUGAUGGCAAAAAUGGCAAUCUCUCUCCCAAGUCCCCAUCCUCUCUCUCUCUCUCUCUCUCUCUCUCUCUCUCUCUCUCUCUCUCUCUCUCUCUCUCUCUCUCUCUCUCUCUCUCUCUCUCGCUGUCUUUCUCCCUCGAGAGAGAAGUAACCCAGAUUUCAAAAUGAAUCGCUGCCUAUUUCUUUCUCCCUCUCUCUUUUCUCUAUCAUUCUAAUCUCUCUCCCUCUCUCUCUAUCUCUCUAUCUUCCUCCCUCUCUCUCUCUCUCUCUCUCUCUCUCUCUCUCUCUCUCUCUCGCUCUCUCUCCCUGUGUCACUCUCUCUCCCUGUGUCACUCUCUCUCCUCUUCUACUUGGUAAAAAACAGAGCCAAUCUUGGAAAGAGAAUACCAGUGCUCCAUCUCGCCCUUCUCCUCACCCUGCCUCUGGGUUAGCUGAUAUAAAGUCUCCUCCACUUCUCCUCUGCCUCCUAGACAAGGAUCCAUCUGUUCAAUCUUUCGUUUACUUCGUCUCUUUGGCUGUAAACGCUAUUUUCCAUUUUUUUCUAGGCUUACGUCUUGGAUGCUUUUCGCUUCUGGUCAAUGCGCAGAUCUUCUCGUCAUUUCUUCUUCCUUCCUUCCUCUCCUUCUAUCUCUGUUUCCUUUUCUUACGUAUGCCUGUUUUAUGAGCGAGAGCAGCUACAGGUGUGAAACCCAAAAUAGUUUCUCUUAAAAGUGUACCUGAGAGAAAGAGGCGGCCAAGAAGAGGAAUUUGCCCCCACUCCAGGGUCUUGUUUAGGCUCCACAAAAGGCAACAUGUCCACCCCGGUCUCCCCCUCCCCAUCGCUCUCCCCGCUCACCCUGGCCUCCUCCCCGUCCUCGGCCAACUCCACCUCCUCAACCUCCUCGCCCUCCUCCACCGUUGCCGGUGUCGGUGUGGCGGGGGGCUCCUCUCCCCUGCCCUCGCCCCUGUCCCCGCCGCCCAGGGUGCCCGUGUUCCAGAGGAAGGGCGCCCUGAAGCACAAGCGCAUCGUGGAGGUGAAGGACCACCAGUUCACCGCCCGCUUCUUCAAGCAGCCCACCUUCUGCAGCCACUGCACCGACUUUAUCUGGGGUAUUGGCAAACAGGGAUUUCAAUGUCAAGUCUGCAGCUUCGUUGUCCACAAACGCUGUCACGAGUUUGUGACCUUCACGUGUCCCGGCUCCGUGACUGCUCCCGUACAGGACGUCAUGAAGACUCAGCACAUGUUUAAGGUGCAGACGUACUCCAGCCCCACCUUCUGUGACCACUGUGGCUCGCUCCUCUACGGCCUCAUACACCAGGGCAUGAGAUGCUCCUGCUGUGAGAUGAACGUGCCGCGCUGCGAGACCAGUGUUCCCAGUCUGUGUGGACAGGACCACACGGAGAAGAGAGGACGCAUCCACCUGACCGUCCGCGGAGAGGAAGAGGAGAUCUUCGUCACAGUUGGGGAAGCCCGCAACCUGAUGCCGAUGGACCCCAAUGGCCUGUCGGAACCCCUAGUGAAGCUCAAGCUGAUCCCGGACCCCAAGAGCCACAGCAAGCAGAAGACCAAGACCAUCCGCUCAACCCUGAACCCCAUCUGGAACGAGAGCUUUGUGUUCUCGGUGCGCGGCAACCAGUGGGACCGGCGUCUGUCCGUGGAGGUGUGGGACUGGGACCGCACGUCCCGCAAUGACUUCAUGGGGGCGCUGUCCUUCGGCGUGAGCGAGAUCUUCCGGCGGUCGGUCAGCGGCUGGUACAAACUGCUGGCCCAGGAUGAGGGGGAGUACUACAACAUCCCCGUCCCGGACCCUGACCUGGAGGAGCUCCAGCCAGACCCCUCCACCGUCACCGCUCUGUCCCCCGGCGCUCUGCCUUCCCAGCUGCCUGAGGCCUUCCCAGCUCAGCUCCCAGUCAGCCCCACCAGCACAGGUCCCCGGCCCACCUGCCCACCGCCCCCGGUCCCAGCAAGGACCAAGGUGGGCAUCCAGGACUUCAACUUCCUCAUGGUGCUGGGCAAAGGAAGCUUCGGCAAGGUGCUGCUGGCCGAGGCGGGCAGCGAGCGGCUGUUUGCGGUGAAGGUGCUGAAGAAAGACGUGCUGUUCCAGGACGAGGACACGGAGAGCGCCAUGGUUGAGAGGAGGGUGCUGGGCCUGCCCUCCAGACCCCACUUCCUCACCUCCCUCUACUGCGCAUUCCAGACCGAGGGUGGCUGGGAGCGUUGUAAUUAUGUGAUGGAAUACGUGAAUGGAGGUGACCUGAUGUUUCACAUCCAGAUAGUUGGCAAGUUCAAAGAGGCCCACGCGGCGUACGUACUGAGCAAGACCUUUUACUACAACUCUUUACCCUGCAUCCUUCUUUCUUCCAUUCACUCAUUCGUUUUUUUUCUUCUUUCUGUCCUUUUUUCUCAUUUUUUUCUCGCUGCGUUUAUAAUGUCUUUUUUAUUUCUCAUGUUUGUUUGUCUAUCUAUUGUCUCCCUCUCUUCCUGUUUGUCUUUGUCUUUCUUUCGCUCGAUUCGAUAACAUGCCCAUCUCCCUCCAUCCUUGGUCACAGAUACGUGGUACAAUGACUUUGUGCUACAAAGUCAUUGUAUUGAGUACAUGUCCCUCCCCGCAGUUCACCAUUUCUAAUCAAUAACCUUUGAUCCUUCAUGGUAACAUGCUGAUUCUUACCUCAUUUGCUCUUGUCUGGCACUCUGUAUUCAUCUCCCCGCCUUUCAAGUCUCCAGUUACUCU